CUCAUUCCCCUUUAAAUUAGCUCUUACUCCAUUGCUCUCUGCAGGGGUGGGAGAAGGAAGUGUAAUGGGGUAAAGAAUGAACCCUCAGGUUCACUCACAACCCCUUCCCUUUCCUUUCCUUUCCUUCUGGGAUGAAGAUACAGAGGGUAAUGGCAACCACGGGACUGGUCAGGGCGACAGGCUUCAGGGACCACACCUUGCCUUCAAAUUCAUCGCUACCCCGAGGCUCCUGUCAUGUCUCAUAUAGACAACGAUGUGAAACUGGACUUCAAGGAUGUCUUGUUGAGGCCCAAACGCAACACCCUUAAGUCUCGUAGUGAGGUGGAUCUCACAAGAUCCUUUACAUUUCGUAAUUCAAAGCAGAUAUACACUGGGAUCCCCAUCAUUGCCUCCAAUAUGGAUACCGUGGGCACCUUUGAGAUGGCCAAGGUUCUGUGUAAGUUCUCCCUCUUCACUGCUGUCCAUAAGCACUACAGCCUCGAUCAGUGGCAAGAGUUUGCUAGACAGAAUCCUGACUGUCUUGAGCAUCUGGCUGCCAGCUCAGGCACAGGCUCUUUUGACUUUGAGCGUCUGGAACAGAUCUUGGAAGCUGUUCCCCAGGUGAACUAUAUAUGCCUGGAUGUGGCAAACGGCUAUUCUGAACACUUUGUUGAAUUUGUGAAGGAUUUGCGGAAGCGCUUCCCCCAACACACCAUAAUGGCAGGGAAUGUGGUAACAGGAGAAAUGGUGGAAGAGCUAAUCCUUUCUGGGGCUGACAUCGUCAAAGUAGGAAUUGGGUCAGGCUCUGUAUGUACUACUCGGAAGAAGACUGGAGUGGGGUAUCCACAGCUCAGUGCAGUGAUGGAGUGUGCUGAUGCUGCUCAUGGCCUUAACGGCCACAUCAUUUCAGAUGGAGGCUGCAGCUGUCCUGGGGAUGUGGCCAAGGCUUUUGGGGCAGGGGCUGACUUCGUGAUGCUGGGUGGCAUGCUGGCUGGGCACAGUGAGUCAGGUGGUGAGCUCACUGAGAAGAAUGGCAAGAAGUACAAGCUCUUCUAUGGAAUGAGUUCAGAAAUGGCCAUGAAGAAGUACUAUCGGAGCAUGGCUGAGUACAGGGCGUCAGAGGGAAAGACAGUGGAAAUUCCCUUUAAAGGGGAUGUGGAACAUACCAUUCGAGACAUCCUAGGAGGGAUUCGCUCUACAUGUACUUAUGUGGGAGCAGCUCAGCUGAAGGAGUUGAGCCGCAGAACUACUUUUAUCCGAGUCACCCAGCAGCUGAAUCCAAUGUUCAGUGAUGAGCACUAGAGCUGAGCAAUUCUGCCUUCCCAAGGCACCAGCACUCUACCUUGGGGCCUCGCAAGCAGGCUGCUCAUCCAUCACAGCUACUGCAGCUAUGAAUUCUCAUUUCCUAUCAUCUCACUCCUGAGGGCUCCUGCAGUAACUCUAUACUUCUCUGUCUUCACUCUCAAAGUGCUUAAGGCACUCACUGGAAGAAAACAAAGAAGACAGUCCAAGAAAAUGACAGAAAAUAAUCAAGUGGGAACCUGGGGACCUAACAUCUUGAAGAUUAUUAAAAGGAAAAGAUGUGGAUUGAAACAAUUUACACGGCCUUGAUCUGAAAGAGGCAGCCUCUUCAGAAUCAUGUCUUGUAAAUGGGACCUCUGAAUAUCUAAAAGUCUCAGAAGUGUUUACAUAUUUGAAAUACCUCAAUAAAGAGAGAUCCUACUGACUUCAAAGA